UCGCCCGACCAAGUACAGAGGGCUCUGUCCGCAUCAGGGAUUCUCCUCCACACCCCAGAAUUUAACCUAUAUCAUACCCCCAAGGAUUAUUUGCCGUCCAUAAAACGGCAAUUAUCACGGCGCUAGCCCCCCUUCCCAGGCCUCUACCAACCAAGUGGCAUGUUUGUUUCGGUCAUGUACUGGCCCUUACCCGUGAGGGAUAGGCAGUGGCGUCCUUGUUCCCAAGCCAGCGUCGUAUUGCAGCAGCAACUAAGCCCAGGCUCUCGCCGGGUCGUCAAGGCUGCUCCAUCCAGGAAUCAACCCGAUGCUACCCCAAGCCACCAACCGUUAUGGCCCCCGGUGGAAUCCUCGUUAGUGUUACAAAGACAUGACGAAGCAGCAUUCUCCUGGCCGGGCUCCGUCGAGGUUGCAGCGGAAACAUUCUGGGGUGUCGCAACACAGAUCAAGGCCCGGACAGAUCGGGGCCAUGGGGCACGAGGUACGAGAUGCGGCCACGAGAGCGAGGCCAGGCCUUCGCUUAGCAAAUGCGGCUCGGAGAUUUCACAGAACAUGUUUUUGGGAAUGCCGUUUCCGGGCCUAGCAUGUUUCCCAAACGGCCCUGUCAAGUGUCAACUCCAAAACCCCCGUACUUUGGGAUGUGCUCCCGAGACCGGUUCAGGAGACAGGGUCAGUCAAACAACCGCCCGCAACGGCACAUUGUCGACAGAUGUCCCGCCAGCAGGGACCAGGGCGUGACGAGAACCCCCUCAAAGGAGCCCCCAUCUGAGCAUCGAGCGGCCUAGUCGGGACAACCGCCUUC